UCUGUCCCUUUAAGGUUGGGUGUCCUGUUUGCAGCCUGUGGAGCGGAGCGACCCAUGUCUUUGUGUCUCAGUGUGCAUUGCAGGGCUCUGCAUUCAGUGCCAUGCCGGUAACUGUGCUUUUACUGGACAUUGAAGGCACCACCACGCCCAUCUCUUUUGUACAGGAUGUUUUGUUUCCUUAUAUCAAAAAACACGUGAAGGGAUAUCUCCAGGAGCACUAUGAAGAAAAGGAGUGUCAGGAGGACAUUCAGCUUUUGAAAAAACAGGCUGCAGAUGACCAGCGAUUACUGCAGGUAGCAGCCCCACCUCCAGACUCGCUCUUGGGAGAGAAUGCGAGCAAAGAGCAGGCGAUUGAGGAAGUGGUCGACAAUGUCUUGAGGCAGAUGUCCCAGGACAGGAAGACGACUGCUCUGAAACAGUUACAGGGUCACAUGUGGAGGGCAGCCUAUGCGAGCGGAGAAGUGAAAGGAGAGGUGUAUGAAGAUGUUGUUCCAGCUAUUAAGGAAUGGAGGAAGGCGGGAAAGAAGGUGUACAUCUACUCCUCUGGCAGUGUGGAGGCUCAGAGACUGCUCUUUGGACACUCCAGCGAGGGAGACCUGUUGGAGCUCUUCAACGGCCAUUUUGACACCAAGAUUGGAUCCAAAGUAGAAAUGGAAAGUUACAAGCAAAUUGCACAAAGCAUUGGCUGCUCCACGGACACCAUUCUUUUUCUAACUGAUGUGACCAAAGAGGCAAGAGCUGCAGAACAGGCAGGGCUUCACGUGACCAUUGUGGUGAGACCUGGAAAUGCUGAGCUGACAGAAGCAGAAAAGUCAUAUUACAAAUGCGUCACUUCCUUCAGCGAAGUGCUCUGACCUGGUUAGAGUCGCAGAGGAAAUGAAAGCUAAACCGCUCCUUAAAAUAGGACAACCUCUUCUGCAGCCAAACAACAACCUGCAUUUAUAUAGCCCGCUUCGCACGGGACAGUGUCUUAGAGCACUUAAAAGUCAUACAGAUCAGAAUGUGCAGUUUGCUAUUCCUGCAUGAAGUGGGGAUUCCUCCUAAUAAGAGGGACUCGCAGGAAACCUUUCAGACUGAAAGUUGUUUUGCACUGAGCGCUUCAGCAUGGCAUCUGAUUCUGCUCCACGCUCAAAGUAAAAAAUAAAUCCUCACAUUUGAUGCCGCAACUGUUCAUUUUGACACGUGUCCAAGAACUUUGCACAAUAAAUUGCUUUGAAGCAUAGGAGGGA